UAUGCCGGGCGGAGCCAGCUGCCAAAGCCGCAAGACUUCACCCAGAGCCCAGCCUCCUUGCAGGGUCCAGAGCCAAGGCCCAAAGGGGACCUUGGCAGGACCCAAUGAAGACACUACUGACCUUCCUAGCUGUGGGAUCCCUAGCCGCUCAAACUACUGUGGACAAAGCUAGCCUCCUUCAAUACGUGAAAUUCCAGUCCAGGAACUUUGAAAACAUCUUGAUAUGGGGCGGUGGACCAGACAGCACCCCGGACACGGUCUACAGCGUGGAGUAUAAGAGGUACGGAGACAAAGUGUGGCUGGCCAAGGCAGGCUGCCAGCGGACCACCCAGAAGUCCUGCAACCUGACUAUGGAGACGGGCAACCUCACCGAACUUUACUAUGCCAAGGUCACAGCUGUCGGCCCAGGAAGGAAACAAGACUUGAAGGAAACUGAGCGUUUCAGCUCACUGCAACACACUACCAUCAAACCGCCGGAUGUGACCUGUAUCCCCAAAGUGAGGUCCAUUCAGAUGCUGAUCUACCCCACACUCACACCCAUUCGCUCAGAAAAUGGCCACCAACUAACCCUGGAGGAGAUUUUCCGUGACCUGUUCUACCGCUUAGAACUCCGAGUCAACCACUCCUACCAAACGCACCUUGAAGGCAAGCAGAGAGAAUAUGAGUUCCUUGGCCUGACUCCUGACACAGAGUUCCUCGGAGCCAUCACAAUUUUGGCUCCAAUGUGGUCCAAGGAGAGCACUCCCUAUGUGUGCCGAGUGAAGACGCUGCCAGACCGGACGUGGGCCUACUCCUUCUCAGGGGCCAUGCUGUUCUCUAUGGGCUUCCUCGUCGGCUUGCUCUGCUACCUAGGCUACAAAUACGUCACCAAACCACCAGUACCUCCUAACUCCCUGAAUGUCCAGCGAGUUCUGACCUUCCAGCCACUACGCUUCAUCCAGGAGCGUGUGCUGAUCCCUGCCUUGGACCUCAAUGGUCCCAGCAGUCUGGCUCAACACACCCAGUACUCCCAAGUGAUGGUCUCCACGUCCAGGGAGCCACCUGGAGUCGCACAGCAGCACAGUCUGCCUGAGGUCACCUACAUAGGACAGUCAGAUGUCUCCAUCCUCCGACCCACCAAUGUGUCACCUCAGCAGACACUGUCUCCACCAUCCUAUGCCCCAAAGGCUGUCCCUGAGGUCCAGCCCCCUUCCUAUGCACCUCAGGUAGCCUCUGAUGCCAAAACUCUCGUCUACUCUCCGCAGCAGGUGGUGAGGACCCACCCUCCCACCUGUACCGCACAGGGCACUCUGGACAGCUGGUCUGCUUCCUAUGCUGUGUGUGGGGAAGACACUGGCAAAGACUCCCCUCCUGAGGCCCUCUCCAGUCCCAAACGCCUCAAGCCAAAAGGUCAGCUCCAUGAAGUCACACUUGCAGGAAGCUGUCUCCCAGGGGACCUUUCUCUGCAGGGAAUCACUUCCUUGGCUUCCAAGGAGACCCAAAGACCAAAAUCACUCCCCCCACCUCUGGAAUUUUGCACAGACAGAGGGCCUGACCUUCACGCCCUGCGAAGUGGUGAGCCAGAGACACCAGGGUACUUGAAGGGAGCGCUAUCCCUCCUGUCCUCUGUCCAGAUCGAAGGCCACCCUGUCUCCCUCCCUUUGCACACCCAUUCCCUCUCGUGUUCCCCCUCUGACCAGGGAUCAAGUCCCUGGGGCCUGCUGGACUCCCUUGUGUGUCCCAGUGACGAAGGUCCAGCGGAUGAGACUGAGGGCAUGAGUCCCAGCGCUGCAGCCUCUGAGCUGGAGCUGCCCACAGAGCUGGACUCUCUUUUCAAAGGCUUGGCUCUCACUGUGCAGUGGGAAUCCUGAAGGGACAUCAGAGCAAGCAGGCCUGGGCUUCCUCCUGCCCCACCCAGCCGGCAGCUCCACAUUCACUAGGCCGUAGGCUCCAAGGCCCAGCCCAAAGUUGGGUCCCCUGGCAAGAACUAGCAAAAGGAAGAUUGGGCCCCAAGUGGGAAUACAGAUGUACGGUGAAGGCUCUGGUGGAGAAACUACAGGCAGGAGGCGUGUGCAAACAGCCUGUGCCGCCCAGCCUGGCAGGUAGGGCAGAUGGAUUGGGAUAAUGUAGGCAAACCUCCUGGGGACCCAUGCUACCCCACCCCUCAGCUCCUAGGACAUUGAGCUGAAGGCUGCCUAUCUUUCAUUGCUUCCUGGACAGCGCCCUAAUCUAGUUAAACCAAGAGUAAGGCAUCCAUCCACCUUCUCUGGAGGAGCUUGGAUUGGAAGCUAGGGGACCAGCAUAACAGGCACUUCCACCAAGGCCAGACUUUAGGGCAGAGUGUGGCUAGGGGUUCACUCCCUGCCAGUGGUUCCUUCUUUGUUCUGUAGGAGGAUUCUCCCUGGAAAAUCCAUCAUAAGGGGAGGAUUGUGCCCCACAAAACUUUUCUGCAGGUAGGGGCCCAGAGAAAAGUGUUUGAAUGGGCCAUGGAUGGCCAUGGACCCCAGAGGCUUUGGAAUCUCCGCACAUCUGGGCUCAAGUUCAGGCCUCUACACCUAUAUGACAUCAAACAAGUGAAUUAGCUAAUUCAGAUCUCGGCUUCCUCAUCCAUGAAACAGCGAUCAUCACAGUCACCUUAUGAGGUGGUGCCAAGGAUGACACUAAUGUCUAGGAGGUGCUUUGGGGCAGGGUCCAAUACACGGUCAUGGUCUUCUGCUGGGAAUUUUUUUAAAUCUGGAAACACAAAGAGAGCCUCCUCCCAUUCAUGUUGGCUCAUGGGUGUUUUCUCACGGGAUAGAGACUGUUGCAGGCAAGGACUGGACUAUCUAGGGCAGACAGGAGGAGUCUCUACAGGGCUGUCUGGAAACAGGCCCAGAGGCCACAAAUGGCACAGAGCCUUCCCUUUGAGGUUGGAGGCAGAAGCUGUCUGGGCAGAAAACAUCGCACAGGGCCUUCUUGGCAUGGAGGGAUCCCCAGACCUUUCUGCUCCUUCUCAUGACAUAGUGGCAGUACUGCACCUCUCUGGCUCCCUAACCCCAUGCCUGUGCCCAGGAAGAGGAAGCAUCCUUUACCCUCUGCUGUCAGGAAGCCAUGCCCAUUAUACUACUCUCAUCUCAGAUGGGUCUUUCCAGGAGGAACCCGAGGGCCAGGCCUAUCUAAGGCUCUGCCGUGGAACCCGUCCUCAAACACAGGGCCUUUUGUGUCAAGAGUGAAUGCUCUCCACCCUGUUGAAAUUCUUGGGGGCUGAGUCUGGCUGAACACAGAGAAAGGAGGGCCCUUAAAGGGUUCCUGAGAGAUAGGUGCCCUCCCCAUCACCUUCUGGCUCCAGAUUUCUGAGAUACAGCACCAAACUCCACCUGCGACAUUGUGGCCCUCCAGAAAUACACGGUGCCCUUCCUCUGCACUCACCUGUGUUUCCCCUUCUUUUCCCCACCUCAUCCCCUUAAUGACACAUGGUGACAGGUGCAGCUCUUAUCUAUAUGUCAUUAAUAUUUAACCUCCCUCCAAGGUCACUGACCCAGUAUCUCUGGCCAAAGGUUAACUGCCUUCACUUUGUUUAUGAGUAAAAAGCCACGGAAUGGCAGGCCUGUUCUCACUUAGUGCAACCAGAGCCAUAAACUGGAGAUGCGGGUGUGUCUAAGGAGGAGCCUGGGCCCCCGCCCUCCAGGAGGGAGCAGGCUCUGGGAUCAGCACACACACACUCCUCCCCUGGCACCCCAGGCCUAUAGCUGACCUGGAUCCUGCUAGAAGUCAGGCUGUCAAAGUUCCACACUAUCUUGAGUGAGCUUGGCUUUCCUGAGAGCCCUACCCCAAAACCUGCAAAGUGUCCAGCUCUGCCUGUCGUGCCCUGUCCCACCCAAAAAAGGUGAGUCUCUGAGUCACCUGCUUAACAAGGAAUGGCAUAACCAAGAGUAAAGGAAGAGUGACCACAGAAUUGCCUCGGCCUUAUCCUCGGGGAAGAGUCCAAGACCCUAGACCCCUGUCCAGCUGGAACCCACAAGCUGCAUGCAGCCAAAGAAAGCUGGGACUGCAUCCCAACACAAAAUGGUAAACUUAUUAAAGUUACUUAAACAGGAAA